GAAAAAGAAAAGAAAAAAGAAAAUCAAAGAGAAAAAAAAGACUCGUGAAGAAAAACAGCUGUAGUGUUGGUCGCUUAUGAUAUUGGUGCUUCAUCUAUCCAUCUUCUGCAUUUUCACCUUUUUACUUGAAAAGAGGAAAGACAAGCUGGAGUUGGGGGUUUAUGGGUAGUUCAUCCAUCUCAAUUGCGUAGAUCAGCGCGGGCUGGGUUCGAUCCGUGUCGACUCAGUGCUGAAUCGCCGUUGCUAUGUUGUCUCGCCAGUGAGAGUGGGGGCGGCGACACACUGAAAUGUCGGCUCCGCUAGCCGCAUUUGAACGCCCGCGCAAUGUCAACUCGAACACGAUAUUCAAGAGCGGGAAUCUGCUCAUCUCUUCCAAAGGGUUAGGAUGGAAGUCUUGGAAGAAGCGAUGGUUUAUCCUUACCCGUGCCUCUUUGGUUUUCUUUAAGAACGACCCGAGUGCACUUCCACAGCGUGGUGGUGAAGUAAAUCUAACUUUGGGUGGCAUUGAUUUGAAUAAUUCAGGGAGUGUUGUAGUUAGAGAGGACAAGAAAUUGCUGACUGUUUUGUUCCCUGAUGGACGUGAUGGCCGAGCAUUUACUCUUAAGGCAGAGACUUCUGAGGACUUGUAUGAGUGGAAGACAGCCCUAGAGCAUGCUCUUGCACAAGCACCAAGUGCUGCUCUUGUGAUGGGACAUAAUGGGAUAUUUAGAAGUGAUACAAAUGAUGCGCCUGAAGGUUCAUUUCAUCAAUGGAGAGAAAGACGGCCAGUUAAAUCUUUGGUUGUCGGACGCCCAAUUUUGCUAGCCCUGGAGGAUAUAGACGGAGGCCCAUCCUUCUUGGAAAAAGCACUUAGGUUUCUUGAGAAGUAUGGAAUUGAAGUGGAAGGAAUUCUGCGGCAGUCUGCAGAUGUUGAAGAAGUGGAGCGAAGAGUUAAGGAAUAUGAACAAGGCAAGAAUGAAUUCGGUCAUGAUGAGGAUGCUCAUGUCAUUGGUGACUGCGUUAAGCAUGUUCUUAGGGAACUACCUUCAUCUCCUGUUCCUGCAUCGUGCUGUACUGCAUUGUUGGAAGCCUAUAAAGUUGACCGCAAGGAGUCACGGGUGAAUGCUAUGCUAACGGCGAUAAAAGAAACAUUUCCGGAGCCCAAUAGACGCCUCCUACAGAGAGUUCUCAAGAUGAUGCAUACCAUUUCCGCACAUGCUUCUGAGAAUCGAAUGACUCCAUCUGCAGUUGCUGCUUGUAUGGCUCCCUUGCUCUUGCGGCCACUUUUAGCUGGUGAAUGCGAACUAGAGGAUGAUUAUGAUUCUAAUGGAGAUAACUCUGCCCAGCUUCUUGCUGCCGCCAAUGCAGCUAAUAAUGCCCAAGCAAUUAUUACUACACUGCUGGAGGAAUAUAAGAAUGUUUUUGAUGAUGAUAGUCUGAACAGAUGUUCAAUAUCUGCGGAAUCUCAAACUGAUACUAGUGGAAGUGAAGAUUCAAGUGUUGAUGAACAUCCGGACAUAAAAAUCAAUGGUUAUCAAGAUGCUGAAAAUGAAGUUCAUCUUGAAGCUGAUUAUGGUCGUGGACGUAGGCACAGUGUGAAGUUAAGUCAAAGCAGUGGCUCUUCCAGUGAUCUGUAUGACUAUAAGGCCAUUGGGAAUAAUGAUUCAGAUGAUGGAUCUUCCUUGCACAAUCGUGCUUUAAGUUUAGCAACAGUAAAUGCAAAGUUGGACUCUAGACUUUUAGCUGCAGCUGGUUCAGUUAAUGAGCAACUUGACGAACAGCGGAAGGUAUGUGAAAAUGCAAUUGGUGCCUCUUCUGAUGUACACGGUGAUGAAUCACAGCGAUCUAUGGGAGAUAUUUUGUCCUGUGUGGAUCAAGAGCUACAUCAAUCUACUCCUGGACAUGACAUGCUACCUGAUAAGCCAAUGCCCAAACAUUCCAGUCUCAGUGCCAAGAAAUCAAUGUUCUGGGGGAGGAAAAAUGCCCGAAAAACUCCUUCAACAGAGUCAAUUAGUUCUUCUGGUGAAGAAGAGCUUGCCAUCCAGAGAUUGGAGACAACAAAGAAUGAUUUGCGUCAGAGGAUUGCAAAAGAGGCAAGAGGAAAUGCAAUUUUACAAGCUAGCUUGGAGAGAAGAAAGCAAGCUUUGCAUGAGCGUCGGUUGGCACUUGAACAAGAUGUAACUAGGCUGCAAGAACAGUUACAAGCUGAGAGAGAUUUACGAGCAGCUCUUGAAGUUGGCUUAAGCAUGUCUUCUGACCAGUUUCCUGGCACCCGCGGCAUGGAUUCCAAGACGAGGGCUGAGCUUGAGGAAAUAGCUCUCGCUGAGGCAGAUGUAGCCAGAUUGAAGCAGAAAGUUGCUGAGCUUCACCAUCAGCUAAACCAGCAGCGUCAGCACCACUAUGGAUCUCUUCCAGAUGUAAAUGAUUCUCAUCAACAAGCUCCGACUCAAAGUUUGCCGCAAAAGCAUUUCCAACAAGAUUUUGACACAACGCUUGCUGUUUGUAACCAUGAAAGGAAACAAAGGAACGAGGAAUUGACAGACCUGAGAAAUAUCAAUGGACCAUUGUCAACAUCAGGCGUCAGUAACAAGCAGGCUUCUUGGAAGCAAUUUGUAGAACCAACAAACCCGAGCGAUUCUAAAAAUGGUGAAGCAUCCAAAAGCUUACCAACUGACAAUCUUUGUGAUGUUGAUUCUGCAUCUCUGCCCUCUACUUCUAAGGUGGCUGAGGUGGUGGAAAAUCCUCGAAACCUAGCAGCCGCGUCGUCGACAUUGGUGGAAUUGACAACGCGGUUGGACUUCUUCAAGGAGAGGAGGUCACAGCUGAUGGAACAACUCCACAAGCUGGAUUUAAACUAUGGAUCAAUGCCUCAUGAUUUUGUGUAUAGACUUUCUUCUCCUCCUUGGAACUAAUCAAAAUCCCCCUUUUGUACAUUCUCUUCCUUUCUCCUCUUAACACUUCAAACUACUAUUGUUUGUAUGAAAUGUAGAUUGGUGCGAGUUUUAUAAAUUUUUGAUACUGCUAGUAAAUGUGACGCCACUUAUAGGUCAUGAAUAUGUAUUAUGUUUGGUUGGGGCUAGAAUACAGUUCGAUAUGCAAAAUUAUAAAUAUUCAAUAUAUAUUAUGUUUGGUUCA